AUGCAGCCCAGCACACCCUACACACAUGCGGAGAUAUUCAAAUGGACGCUGACUGCAGAUGCGGUUGCACCCUGCUUUGUCGAGGACGUCUUCAAGCUUGAGGAGAACGAGAAACAUACCAGCGACUUCUUCUGGCUAGGAAGUGUGCCUUGUCGGACUGUGAAGCUAGUGGGCAUGCUCGUGGGCGUGCAAACCUACGAGAAGCGGAUCGUGUAUAGCGUCGACGAUGGCACUGCUGUCAUUGAUUGUGUCGACAGACAUCCCACUCUGCAAACCCCCUCAUCCUCGAGCUUUUUCUUCGGCAAGAUGCCUCUGCCCAUUGCGGAUGUGGGAGCCUCCGUCACGGUAAUCGGAAACGUACUCCCUAAGAAAGAGCGCCAGAUCUCGAUCUCGAGUAUAGAGCGAUGCAAGCACGCUAAUGCCGAGCCCCUUCAUUGGUUGGCGGUCCGCCAGCUGCAUCGCGUGUCGUACACCUCGUCCACGCCAUUUGUCAUCCCAGAACAAACUACACCCACUACACCCGCCGACGAAGUACCCUCUCGACCACAGACGCCUGUAUCUCUGGCGUCUUCAUCCGCCCCACCCAGCCCCACCAAGUCUGUCGCUUCCUCGGUUGCAGCUAGUCCAAGCAAGCUGAAGACUCUCAUGAAGCUUCGCCACCCCUCCAGAUUGCACACUCGAGACCUCACCCAGAACACCUUCAGGGUCUACCUCAAGCACUUCAUGGACAAUGCGCCGCCCCCUGCAACCGAAGACAACACCCCUCCUACCGCCAGCCCGUUCUCCACGCCGAAGAAGCGCAUCCGCCGUGCCGAUUCCGACGUUACACCUCGCGCCGCGCGGCUCAUGCCUAUCGAGAACACGCCCCGCGGCUGCCGACCUGCGACCACGACAUGUUCCAAUGAACCCGCGGCAAUUGGAUUUACGCUGUCGUACCUUCGUCGGGUGCCGGAGCUACGCGACCUGGCGAAGCGCGUGGUCAAAGCUGAAGCCAAACGUCGCGCGCGAGCUGCGAAGGCGAAAGAGCGCAAUAACAGGGAGGCAGAACCCGCGAAGCCCCUCGGCGCCGGUGCAAGCAAACCACGCAAAAGCAUAUCCGAUGAACCGAUAUCGCGUCGCAUGAAGCGCUUGUUCCAGUGGGCACUCACUGCCCUGCUCAAUGACGGCUAUAUCGUCUUGUGGGACGGACCGCCCCGACCCUGCUCUUCCGCGGAGCCCCUGCCAGACACCAGUUGUCUUUGGAAAACAUCAGCGUCCGCCAACGCCACCACGAGUACCGUGGACACGACUGCGAGCAGCCUUGUCUCCGCAUCCGAGUCGCAAGGGCUCGACGAAGACGAGCUCUCCGACCCCGAUGAGCGCGAGGAGUCGUACGUUCCGCUCGAACCGACAGUUCUGGCGAAAGCUGUCGAGAACGCCGUAUCCUCCUUGAUAUCGCGCAAGCGCAGGCACAAAGCCAGUGCCGACUCGCAUGCACUUUCGACCAGCAAGGAGUCCGUCAUCGCGCUCAUGCAGCGAGACGACCGGUGGCGAUAUCUACACAGCUGGCAGGUCGAACAGACGCUCGAGCACCUCGUAGACCAGGACGUCCUGUGCGAGCGCUCGAACGGCAGAUAUUCUAUACGACGGACCUCUCGUUGA